GGAAGAUUACAAACCUUUUCCUCUGGCGACCAAAAAGAAAAGACUAUAGGCCAAGAAUUUCAGAUAUUGCAUCAAAUCUGUUAUCCUUCAAGCCAACCUUACUGUUAUGGAAACUCUUCAGCACCAAAAGAACACAGAAAACGAUGUGGAAAAGCAACAAAUUGAAGGAUUAGCACAGUUAAGGCAAGAAAAUAUACAAGACCAAGCAACAUCACCAACAUCUUCAUCACAACCUUCAGCAUCCUCUUCGCCUUCUCAUGAGUUCUCCUUCACAAUCUCUCUCCACCCCACAUUCCCUGACAACUCUAAAGCCCCACCAUCUCUUGCAGUUGAUCUUUCACCUGCUGAUGACAUUUUCUUUCAUGGCCACUUACUCCCUCUACACUUCCUCACACACCUACCUUCAUCGCCUCGAUCUUCAACCAAUUCCAUGGACAGCUUCACCCUCCCCAUAAGAGAUCUUUUAGCAGAUCAAAAUCCCAUUAAGGACAGUGGCAGUGGCAGCAGCAGCAGCAGCAACACCAGCAAUAACAGCAUCAAAAAAGACCAAGACAACAACCUAGUAAAAAAGGUACAAGGUAAGUCCAAGCUUGCUUUUUCAUUAUUUGGAUUAACCAAAGGGCUCAAAGGGUGUCAAGAUAAGGAAGAUAACAAAGAGAAACACAAGAAGAAGUUCAAGUUUGCUCUGAUCCAUGCACUGAAAAAGUACUUAAGAAUAGUCCAGCCAAGGAUCAUGCUUUUCAAAGGAAAAAGAGAGAAAAUUAGAUCCCGUGGACAUUCUCAUUCUUAUUCAGGAAAUGUAACUCCGAGAAAUUAUAAGCAAGAAUUGAAGGGUUGGAGAGGACAAUAUUCAGCACCAGCAUCAAUGAGGACUUCUCCAACAAACAGUGGUCUCUUGCUUGCAGCCACUCCUCUUCCUUCUGCUAGUGACAGUACCAUGGAAGAGUUGCAAGCAGCUAUUCAAGCUGCAAUUGCUCACUGCAAAAAUUCAAUUGCAAAAGAAGAGAAGCUCAAGUGCUGAUUCGCAGAUAGGAGUUUUUUUUUUUUUUUUUAUCCAGAAUUUUAUUUCCUAUUAUUGAUUUGGUAUGCGGUGUUUUAAGUAAUUGUGUACAUAAAAAAAUUGUACUAUAAUAAUGAGAAUAAAGCCCAACUAGAAAUAAUAUAUCUAAGCAGAUUAUGAAUUUGUGUCUAGCUUGUUCUAGCUAGAAUCUGGACCAACUUGUAUUAUAGUAUCUAAUGAAAUUUUGGAAGCUCAAGCUAGUGGCUGAUUCUGUUUCCAUUCGGAUCAAUGAUAGAAGUAUUGAUGCCAUAGUUCACAAUACAAUAGGUAAAUAAGAUAUAUUACUGAGAUAUAUCUUGUUAUUUUCUUUUUGGUGAAAAAUUGUACAGAUUUUAUAUGUGGGAAUUUUGACACGAAUAAACACCUAGCAGCCAGAGAUGUGCCAGAA